AUGCCUACUACAUAUGAAGAGUUCUUAAAGGGGAAUUUUCUGUGCAAUCCGAAGUUCCUUAUACAGUCGUACUUCUUUGAGUAUAUAGACAGUGUGGAGAUGUAUGAAGAGUUUGUAAGAGUGGUGUAUGAAUUAAUUACUGAACAAAUAUCAAACAAAGAUGAGAAGAAGAGUGAGAAUGUAUGUAUGGAGACAGGAAAGAAAGCACAGAAGGUGUUUGAUAGUCUAUUCAUUAAACAGGACUCAGCCGAGCUGCCUAGCAAAGUGAAAUAUAUUAAGCAUUUUAGAUUGGUUGAACAUAAAUUGAAUGAUGAACUACAGCCAAUACCAUAUGUUGAGAGUACAAACUCACGACAUGAUGUCUUUUUACAGGAAUUUAUGCCAUCAUAUAAUCGAAAAACAGACGAGUUUGUUAAUGCAGAAUUGAGCAAGUAUACUAUUUCUAUUGAGCCUGCUCUUCUAUUUUUGUUCUUUUUAUUUGCAUUUGAUUCUAGGGCUGGAAGGUAUGAUAUAAGCCACAUGCCUAAUCCAUCGAAAGAACUAAAGAGAUUCUUUGCUAAGUAUAGCGAUCCAUUGCAGGUUAUGGACUAUACUAUGUACAGAGAGUGGCACAGGGUUGUAGAGGACCUACCCAAUAAAGACAUUUCCUACCGUUUAAAUUCAUCUGACAGCAGAAAUAAAAUUCAAUUUGGCAUACUAAACAUGAUAUAUAUCAUGAGAGAAAUAGCAGGUAAGAAUGACACUAAAAUUAAUGAAAAUAUUGAAUCUAUAAAAAAUAUUAUAAAUGACUCGGAUGAAAUUUCCGAUUCAGAUAUAGAUAGAUUUUUAAUCGAUGUACAAAAAAUAUGUAUCUCUUUCUCAAAAAACAAGGAAAUUAAAACACAAAAGAAUGGUAAGUUUUUUACAAAAGAAUUAGAAAAUGACAUAAUGGAUAUAGGUAUCUAUGAGGAUUUGCCUUUAGAGAUUAUAUAUAAAAAGAAGGAGGAAGACCCAGGUUCUAUUGUAAUAGAGAUGGAUGAUUUUAGUAGUUAUGCUGAUAGUGAUCAUAAUGGCCGUGUAAAAUGCGAGGUUUCCGAAAAUAUGCUAAGAAAUAAGCGCAGCAAUGUCGAAAAAACAUUAUAUGAUAUAAAAAAGAUAUACAUGAAAUCAAAGAAUUACAUUGGAUGCAUUAUGAGACAAUACGCGAAUCUAUAUCUGGACAAAAUCUCGUAUGCAAUUAAAGGUGAAUACAGAUUCAUUAAAAGGAUAAAGUAUAUUUUAAACAGUGGACACACUAAUCCAAACGGCCUACUACUGUGUGGUAACCUAGAGACCAUGCAUUACAAGUAUGAAAUAACUAAAAUAUUUUUGGAAAAACACCGAAGUUAUACUAAAUCUUAUAGAAACAUAAUAGGUAAAAACAAUCCUAUGGUGCAGUUUACAAGAAACCUUAUAGGAAGUGUUCCAAUUAAUGAACACGCAUUAAAGGAAAAAUUUCAAUCCAGUGGUAUUUAUGAUGGCGAGUAUAAAAAUUGGUAUCCUUGGGUAGAAUAG